GUGCAGAAGCGCGACGCCAUCAUAAAAUUGAAAAAUGUUUCGCUUCUAUUCAAUGUUUUAAUAGGUUCGUGCUGUUGCCAAAUCCUAUAUGAAUCAGGUGCAAAUUUUGGGUACCGCCUGGUCAGACCCAAAGUCAAUUCCUCCAUAGACCUGGGAAGGCUAGUGGAGGGCUGGAGGGUGGCUGGAAGGCAGGGCUGGAGCCCUUAGGGUUUUGGAGUAGGGUUGCCUCUGGAAGCAAUAGAUUUCUAUUUCAACCAGUGUGAUGGGCAUCGUCUGCUUUCAAUAAUCUAUUUCAAGUUGCACCUGUUCUUAAACAUUUUUGACCUGUGUGUCAAGAUGUAAAUGUAAAGUGGAAAGCAAAUGGCUACAAGGCCACGAUUUCUACGUUCUUUCAAUUUUGUUGAAAGAGUGACUGAUUUACGAUCUGAAUUACUCCUAUAAAACAAGUAUAUUAUCAAGAUGGACAGUCAACUUGGCUUCCCAAGGGCUGUUGGGGAUCUUGAAUUCUCACCUUCAACGGCCGAUUGUCUCACUCUUGACUUUGGCCCGUUUGAAGUAGUACAUAGAUGGAAACGAAUGCAAGAUUGUAACGAGUUUGUGGGCACAAGGAGAAGCAAGCAUACCAUUGUCCCAUACAAAAAUAAUGUUUAUAUCUUUGGAGGAGACAAUGGCAAGAAAAUGCUGAAUGAUUUACUGGUGUUUGACUGCAAGGGUGCAUCUUGGGGCCGGGUUCCUCAAGGCCUAAAUCCACCUGCUCCUCGGUAUCACCAUUCAGCUGUGGUUUAUGGAGAUUCAAUGUUUGUCUUUGGUGGCUAUACUGGUGAUAUUCAUUCCAACUCAAAUCUUACCAAUAAAAAUGAUCUCUUUGAGUACAAAUUUGGAUCUGCCACAUGGAUAGAGUGGAAAUACUCUGGCCGAGCUCCUGUGCCCAGGUCUGCCCAUGGUGCAGCUGUACAUGAUGGGAAGAUGUACAUAUUUGCUGGUUACGAUGGCAACGCUCGUCUUAAUGAUAUGUGGUCAAUAUCAUUGACCCGGAACAAGGAUGAUGCGCCACAUUCAUGGGAAGAAGUUGAACAAGGCGGAGACUGUCCCCCUACCUGUUGCAAUUUUCCUGUCACUGUGGCUAGGGGAUGCAUGUAUGUCUUCAGUGGACAAAGUGGCGCAAAAAUUACCAACACACUUUUUCAGUUCGAUUUUCACACAAAACUGUGGUCUCGUAUAUCAACGGAACACAUACUGAGAGGGGCACCACCUCCCCCUGCUCGCCGUUAUGGGCAUACAAUGGUAACUCAUGAUCGUCAUUUGUAUGUAUUUGGCGGAGCUGCAGAUAAUACCUUGCCAAAUGACUUGCAUUGUUAUGAUCUUGACAGCCAAUCCUGGUCUGUUAUACUGCCAUCUCCCGAUUCAAAUGUCCCUGUUGGUCGCCUGUUCCAUGCUAGUUCUGUGGUUGGAAAUGCCAUGUAUGUCUUUGGUGGUACUGUUGAUAAUAAUGUUCGCAGCGGAGACAUGUAUCGUUUUCAGUUUUCCAACUACCCCAAGUGCACUCUUACUGAAGAUCUUGGAAAAUUACUGGAAACAAAAAUGUUCAGUGAUAUUGAUUUCUUGGUUGGUGAAGAUGAAACACAAAUACCUGCACACUCAGCUUUAGUAGCUGCUCGAUCUCAGUUUUUGCGAAUACGAGUUAGGCAGGCUCAAGAAGUCCGAGAAAAAUUGCUUGAAAAGAAAUAUGGCACGACAGAGAUUUACAAAGAUCUACCUUCUCUUGAAGUGAGGCUACCCGAUGCAAACCCUGAAGCCUUCCAGUUAGUUUUGAAUUUUAUUUAUACCGAUCGUAUUGAUCCAACUAAAAAAAUCAAGGAUCCGAUUAGUAACCGAAUAGUGCUUCUAAUGAUGGAUGUUUACCGUUUGGCCUGCCAGUUCUCUAUGCUGCGUCUGGAACAUUUGUGUGUGCAAUACUUGGAGACUACAGUCAACCACAACAAUGUUUUGGAAGCUCUUUUAUGUGCCCACAACCUGAAAUUGGCAUUCAUUAAAGAACUAUGCAUGAAACUUAUUGUAAGAGAGUCCAAUUACAAUCAAAUCGUCAUGAGCCAAGAAUUUGAAACAUUGGAUCAGCCUCUGAUGGUAGAAAUAAUCAGAAGGAAACAACUGCCUCAGAUCAAAAGAGCUCAGGAAGCCUUGCACCCAUUUGAUGACCCAUUUGAAUGCAGGGAUCCUUAUGAGUUUAGACCUUGUAAAAGAACACCGGGACCUUUAAAAGGCACUAAUCUUGAACAAGAUCUAGAACUGUUCUUAAACCACGUUGGAAAUGAUUUUUGUGACAUUACUCUUGUUCUGGACGGUAAUCACAUAAGAGCUCACAAAGCAAUACUUGCAGCUCGAUGUGGAUAUUUUGAGGGGUUGUUUCGAUCUUUCAUGCCUGAAGAUGGAAUGGUUCGGAUUCAGAUAGGGGAAAUGAUCCCAUCUCACCAGUCUUUCAAGUCCUUAUUGAGGUAUAUUUAUCAUGGGGAUACAAAUAUGCCUCCAGAAGAUUCCUUAUAUCUCUUCAGCACUCCUUACUUUUUUCAUUUCACAAACAACCGCCUUCAGGCAUUCUGCAAACAAAAUCUAGAAAUGAAUGUCACUUGUGACAAUGUGGUUCAAAUUCUUGAAGCUGCUGAUCGAAUGCAGGCAACUGACAUGAAAAAAUAUUCUUUGGGACUUAUUGUCCAAUACUUCCCAAAGGUGGUUAAAAUGCCCAAAACAAGGACACUGAGUCGUGAUUUGCUUAUUGACAUAAUGGAGGCUCUAGCGGACGAAAUGUCGACCAAAAUGUGUUCAGAUAUUUCAACUCACCAUCAUUUAUCCAGCCCAACAGUCCAUGAUACAAGCUGAGUUAAGAACAACUAAAAGAAUGCAAAAUAUGUCUGUAUUCAUGAACCUGCAAUCUUAAUUAAUUUUUAUUAAGUGCUUAAACUGAAGGACUGUGUUGAAACAAAACUAACUCUGUGAUAUUCUUGAUGAAAGCUGUGUCCUUCUUUAUCACUCAUUUGUAUUAUAUUUACUGCACACAUAAGUUGAGAGCACAGCAUAGCAAUGUGUAGAUGACCAUAUUGUAUUAAGAAAUCUUGAGUAACAAAUUUUAUUGUUGUUUGAUGAGACUGACUCUAGUGAUAAAACGUUUUCAGCCCUAGUUUAUGGUAUCUGCAUAGUCAUAGAAGUAACUGACUUGUUUUUAUUUAUUGUUAAUUUUGAGUGGCAAUGCUGGUAUAGCCUUUUUAUGUCCAUAUGCAGCGUACUCAAUUUUUUUUUAGAUGCAUUUUUGUGUGCAAUCAUUUCUGUGAUACUGAUGCACCUUACUACUGUCUAUAUUUUGUUGCUGAUAUACAAAUGUAUCACUUAUUUCUUUUGAUUGUUGUUAUAUUUAUAGUAGUACCCAGUAGAAUUAGUAUGCGGUGAGAAAAUAGAUCCCUUGCUGAGGCCAUGAGAAUAACUACCUUGUUUUCUUUUCCUUAUAAUUUUAUCAUUUGUGACUUUGUGACAUUUUGUUGACAACUAAAUCAUUCCUUUUAGCAUGACUGUUUUGUUUUGUCGGCGGCACUUAAUCUGUUUAUCUCUUUAAUUUUAUUCUACCAUUCUAAUAAAAUAUCAUACUGAA